AGUUAUUCGCGUUCUUUUUGCCGAGUCUGACAAGCACAUCCUCGCCGGUUUCGUCUUACCUGUCCCGAGAAGCAUCUCGACAUGGCAAAUUACCACAAACCCGAGUCCAAGAGCAUUCAGGAGCUGCGGGACAUCGCCAACAAGUUGCGAAUCCACUCCAUCACGUCCACGGACGCCUCCAAGUCAGGUCAUCCGACGUCAUGUGCCUCCAUCGCCGAGAUCAUGUCGGUCCUCUUCUUCCACACCAUGCGCUACAAGGUGUCGGCCCCGAAGGACGCCUCGAGCGACCGCUUCGUCCUCUCCAAAGGUCACGCCGCCCCCAUUCUCUACGCUGCUUGGGCCGAGGCUGGGCUCUUUCCGGUGGCUGAUCUGCAGAAGUUGAGGAAGAUUGACAGUGACCUCGAGGGCCACCCCACUCCUCGUCUCAACUUCAUCGAUGUGGGCACUGGUUCCCUCGGCCAGGGUCUCUCUGUGGCCGCUGGAAUGGCCUACGUUGGAAAGUUCUUCGACAAGGCUUCCUACAGAACUUACUGCCUUCUUGGUGAUGGUGAGAGCGCUGAAGGCUCUGUGUGGGAAGCGCUGCACUUCGCCAGUUACUACAAGCUGGACAACCUGUGCGUCAUCUUCGAUGUGAACCGUCUCGGCCAGUCCGAACCCACCUCUCUCCAGCACGACAUGGAAACUUAUCGCAAGAGGUUGGAUGCUUUUGGCUUUAAUGCCUUGGUUGUUGACGGACACGACGUUGAAGAACUGACGAAGGCUUUCCACGAGGCUUCCGUUACUAAGGGCAAGCCCACUGCCAUCAUUGCCAAGACCUUCAAGGGCAAGAACUUCCCCAACAUCGAGGAUUUGGAAAACUGGCACGGAAAGCCCCUUGGUGACAAAUCUGCACCCACCAUUCAGCACCUCACUGGCUUGAUCAAGAAUGCUGGACCUCUUCAGCUGCACCCUCAGAAGCCCUUGGUCGAGGACGCCCCUGCCGUCAGUGUGAAAAACGUCACCCUGUCCUCGCCACCCAACUACAAAUUGGGCCAGACCGUGGCAACCCGAGAGUCCUACGGAGUGGCCCUCGCCAAGCUGGCCGAGAGCAACAAGCACGUGAUUGCUCUCGACGGAGACACCAAGAACUCUACCUUCUCUGAUAAGAUCAAGAAGGUUGCCCCUGAGCGCUAUGUCGAGUGUUUCAUCGCUGAGCAGAACCUUGUCGGCGUGGCCAUUGGAGCUGCCUGCAGGGACAGAACCAUUCCUUUCGUCUCGACCUUUGCUGUAUUCCUCACAAGAGCCUUUGACCAGAUUCGUAUGGGAGCAAUUUCUCAGACCAACGUCAACUUUGCUGGCUCUCACUGUGGAGUCUCGAUUGGAGAGGAUGGCCCCAGCCAGAUGGCCCUCGAGGACCUCGCCAUGUUCCGCUCUAUUCCAGGCUCUACUGUGUUUUAUCCAUCUGAUGCUGUGAGCUGCGAGAGGGCCAUUGAGCUUUCUGCUAACACCAAGGGAGUUUGCUUUGUCCGCACCUCCAGACCAGCCACUGCCGUCAUUUAUGCCAAUGACACCGUCUUCCAGGCUGGUAAAGCUCAUGUGGUGAAGAAAUCAGCCAAGGACAGUGUGCUGUUGGUUGGUGCUGGUGUGACCCUGCACGAGGCCCUGAAGGCGGCGGAGACCCUGGAAAAAGAGGGUGUCCACGUCCGAGUGCUGGACCCGUUCACCAUCAAGCCUCUCGACCAGGCCGCUUUGAUCCAGAACGCUCUCGAGUGUGGUGGCAAGGUGGUCACCAUCGAGGACCACUAUCCCGAGGGAGGCCUCGGCGAGGCCAUGCUGACCGCUUUGGCCGAACAGCCCGUCAAGGUCAAGGUGCUGGCCGUUCGGGAGGUUCCUCGCUCCGGUCCGCCCAACGCCCUGAUUGAGAAGUACGGCAUUGGUGCCAACAGCAUUGUCGAGGCUGUCAAGGCCAUCAGCAAAUAGGUCCUUAAAGUCUUAACACUCAACCUGAAGUCAUUCCAUUUGUCAUUCCUACUGCAAAUCAUACCUGUUGAAAGCAUUUAUCACUGAGGGCACAAAGAAAGCUUCGAGUCCCAGGGACACUUGAUUUUGAAAAUUUUGUUAUCUCAAUUGAUGUAGUUUUUUUAUGAAAGAUAGAAUUUAUAUCGUGCUGGCUUUUUGAAACAAUAAAAAGGGAUUUAUUUACUAUGAAUAAAUUAUUUUUAUUU